AUGUCCCUCUACUACCCGCCCUUGAACUGGCAACAAACCUACGAAAUCUGGUCUGGUCAUAUUGACGAAGCGGACCGUGCGGGAAUUGUCGUCGACAAAGGCGAGUUAACCAGCUUUGCCAAUCGGAUUUUCAAUGCUCAACUGCGUCCGGGGUCUGGUCCUGUUUGGAACGGCCGGCAGAUUCGCAAUGCCUUCCAGAGUGCCCUUGCCCUGGCCUCAUACAACACUCAAGAGGGAUCCAAAAUCGAGCUCAGCACGACCUAUUUCCAUAAGGUCUUUACGGUGUCGGACAAUUUUAGUAGAUAUAUCUGGACCACUCAGAAUAUGCAAGAUGACGCGGAUCGGAACCGUGACGCCAUGAUCCGGCGAGACGAUUUUAAUUCUAACCCAUCUGAAGGGCUCUACUCGCAGCCUCCUCCGCAAGGCACCACCUUUCAGCCAGCAUACCUCCAAGGAGGAAUCCUUCAAUCGACAUCUUCACCAUUCGGACACCAGACCACUCAGCAAAUGGGAGGCCUGGGCGGCGGUCAGACCUAUAUGGGUAACGGUCAGAACCUCCAGGCCAGUAUGCAGCCCAUGCCUAACCCACUGGGUCAGCAACUUGGUCAGCCAUUCCAACAGCAGCAACAGCUAAGCUCACAAUCUACCAUGCAACCACAAUUCCAUGUGCUCAGCAACGGAAUUACCAAUAAUAGUUAUGGUUUGCAACAGUCGCAGCAGCAGCAGCAGCAGCAGCCAAGUCCACAGCUGACCCUGCAAUCCCAACCUCAGAUGCCAAGCAACAGCGGAAACAGCGGAAACAGCGACAACCAUACCUUGCAGCAGGUGCAACCACCACAGCAGCAACCGCAGCAAGCUCAAUUCCUCUCACAACCUGCUACCAUGGCAUCACUUACGCAAACUACAACAUCACAGUCCGCAUUGCCGACAUUCGGUCAGCCCUUUGGCCAUUCGUAA